GGGGCAGGGUCUCGCGAGAGGCGGGGCUUCCCCGCAGGUGAAGGCCGCUUUUUGGAGAAGCGGGGUCCUCGGGGCGGAAUAGUGCGAAGGUCCAGCCUGGGUGUCACUGGGCGGAGGCUCUGGAAUUUGAACUUUGCUCGAGGGCGCCGGGAUGGAGUGAGGAGGAGUUGGCGCCACCGUGGGGAUGGGCCGGCCCAGGGCUCGCCGCAGCCCGUGGGCAUCCCUGCAGCCCGAGCGGGGAGGACGCCCCGGGGAGUCCAGAGGUCCACGGAGUAGGGGUGGAGACACGGGGGGAGGUCAGGCAGGGGGACGGGUGGCCGCCUUCGGUUUGGGUCGGCCCUGAGGGUUCCCUACUCUGCCCUGUGGGUCCAUGGAGCCCGGGAAGAGAGCGUUUUCCCGAGCCCGGCCCCCAGCUGACAGGGACCCGCGGGUGGGAGCGGGGACGGCGCUCCCCGGGCAGCUGCGACAUCGGACCUGCGCGUCCGCACAGCCAGCGCUCGGCUGCCUCCCGUGGUCCGGCUCCGGCCUGAGUUUGUCCUUUGCAUCCGGACGCCGCAGACCCCUCGCCUGCAGGAGGGUCCCCGCCGCGGGAGGGGGUGCGGCCCGGGGGGGCGUGGCCGGCGCCGCGGGCCGGGCUCCAAGGAGUUAAGCGGAGGCCGCCCAGCCCCGCCCCCGGCAGGCCGCGAGCCCGAGCCCAGCGGUGCCGCCGCCGAGCAGCCGCCGCCGCCGCCCGCCUCCGCCCGCCGGGAGCCCGCCUGCCCGCCGGCGCCCGGGAGCGCCGCCGCCGCCCGGCCCAGGCCCAGGCCCAGGCCCAGGCCCAGGCCCAGGCGCCGCGCAGAGCGGAGCGGCGGCCCCGGGACCCAGCGAGCCCGCACGGCGGGGGCGGGUCCGGGGUCUCCGGCGGAUCUUCCAUUCUCCGAGGCGGGAGCGGGAGCCCCGGCGCCCCGGCCCCGGCUGGGCCCGCUCCCAUGGCCAGCGCGGCUCGUCCCGGGCGCAGGGGGCCGGCCAUGUGAGGCAGGCCCGGGCUGGGGGCCCGGCCAUGGCCGGGGAGCGGCCCCCGCGGCGGGGCCCGGGGCCCGGGCCGGGAGAGGCGCCGGGGGAGGGGCCGGCGGGCGCGGGCGCGGGGGGAGGCCCGGGCCGGGGCCGCCCCUCCUCCUACCGGGCCCUCCGCAGCGCCGUGUCCAGCCUGGCGCGCGUGGACGAUUUCCACUGCGCCGAGAAGAUCGGCGCCGGCUUCUUCUCCGAGGUCUACAAGGUGCGGCACCGACAGUCUGGGCAAGUGAUGGUGCUGAAAAUGAACAGGCUGCCCAGCAACCGGGGGAACACGCUACGGGAGGUGCAGCUGAUGAACCAGCUCCAGCACCCCAACAUCCUGAGGUUCAUGGGGGUCUGUGUGCACCAGGGGCAGCUGCACGCUCUUACAGAGUAUAUGAACGGGGGAACCUUGGAACAGCUGCUCAGCUCUCCUGAGCCCCUCUCCUGGCCUGUCAGGCUCCGCCUGGCUCUGGAUAUUGCUCAGGGCCUGCAGUACCUGCAUGCCAAAGGCGUAUUCCACCGAGACCUCACAUCUAAGAACUGUCUGAUCCGUCGGGAAGGCCGAAGCUUCACAGCUGUUGUGGGUGACUUCGGGCUGGCUGAAAAGAUUCCUGUGUACAGGGAAGGGGAAAGGAAGGAGCCAUUGGCUGUAGUGGGCUCCCCGUACUGGAUGGCUCCAGAGGUGUUGAGGGGUGAGCUAUAUGAUGAAAAGGCCGACGUCUUCGCCUUUGGGAUUGUCCUCUGUGAGCUCAUCGCACGAGUCCCUGCGGACCCCGACUACCUGCCCCGCACUGAGGACUUUGGGCUGGACGUGCCUGCUUUCCGGACCCUGGUAGGGGAUGACUGCCCACUACCCUUCCUGCUCCUGGCCAUCCACUGCUGCAGUAUGGAACCUAGCGCCCGUGCUCCCUUCACCGAAAUCACCCAGCACCUGGAAUGGAUCCUGGAGCAACUGCCUGAGCCAGCCCCCCUCACCAGGGCUCCCCUGAUGCACAGUCAGGGGUCUGUCCCAAGAGGGGGUCCCUCUGCCACGCUUCCCAGGCCAGACCCUCGGCUCUCCCGAAGCCGAUCAGACCUCUUCCUGCCCCCAUCACUAGAAUCACCCCCGAACUGGGGAGACAAUCUGACUCGAGUCAACCCCUUCUCACUGCGGGAAGACCUCAGGGGUGGCAAGAUCAAGCUCCUGGACACACCCAGCAAGCCAGUCGCCCCCCUGCCCCUUGUACCACCAUCACCACUGUCCUCCACCCGGCUGCCCUUGGUGACGACUCCAGAGACCCCGCUCCAGCCUGGGACACCUGCCCGUCGCUGCCGCUCGUUACCAUCAUCCCCUGAACUCCCCCGGCGCAUGGAGACAGUUCUGCCAGGCCCUGGCCCGCCCUCUGCGGGUCCCGUGGCGGAAGAGAGAAUGGAGUGUGAGGGCAGUAGCCCUGAGCCAGAACCCCCAGCUCCCCAGCUGCCCCUGGCUGUGGCCACAGACAACUUCAUCAGCACUUGUUCAUCAACCUCCCAGCCCUGGUCCUCCAGAUCAGGACCUCCCCUUAACAACAACCCCCCAGCUGUGGUGGUGAACUCCCCACAGGGCUGGGCCGGGGAGCCCUGGAACCGGGCCCAGCAUAGCCUGCCCCGGGCAGCGGCCCUGGAGCGGACAGAACCCUCGCCGCCCCCUUCAGCUCCUCGGGAUUCCGACGAGGGGCUACCCUGCCCUGGCUGCUGCCUGGGCCCCUUCAGCUUUGGCUUCUUGUCCAUGUGCCCCCGCCCCACACCAGCUGUUGCUCGCUACCGCAACCUGAACUGUGAGGCGGGCAGUCUCCUCUGCCAUCGAGGGCACCGCGCCAAGCCACCCACACCCAGCCUUCAGCUGCCUGGGGCACGCUCUUAGCAGUGGGGCCUCCAGCUUCGGCCUUCAGGAUGCCCUGUGAGGACUGCACAUGCUCGACAGUGCCAGCCCCUGAUGGGCUGACCAGCUGCUUCGUAUAAGGGAACCUCAGCAUGGACUCAAGGGACAGAACAUUUCCUCUCCACCCUGGGCUUGCAGUCCCACGGGGAUCACACAGCAUUGCUGACACUCGAGACUAACACGUGCAAAUUAUUUAAAAAUAUUUCAAUAAAACUGCCUGGCUGGCUCCGGGCUGCCCCUA